CUCUCUAUCUUUACAUGUGUAUGUAUAUAUAUACACACACAAACACAUUUUGUACAGACACACACACACAUAUAUAUAUAUAUAUAUAUAUAGAGAGAGAGAGUGAUAGAGGAGUAAAGAUAAGAGAGAAGAUGGGGUCAUGUCCACCGGCGAUGAAGGCGACGUCGAACGGAGUAUUCGGAGGAGAGAGUCCGUUGGAAUUCGCACUUCCACUGGUCAUCCUUCAGAUUUGCCUCGUCCUCUUCCUCACCCGUCUCCUGUCUUUUCUUCUCCGCCCCUUCAGACAGCCUCGUGUCGUCGCCGAGAUCCUCAGCGGGAUUCUGCUCGGUCCGUCGGCUCUCGGACGGAUCGCGGCGUACAAAGUCGCCGUUUUUCCGGCGAGAAGCAUAACGGUGCUCGAAACCAUCGCAAACAUCGGCCUCAUCUUCUUCCUCUUCCUCACCGGACUCGAGAUCGAUCUGCCGUCUCUCCGCCGCACCGGCAAGAUUUCCUCCGCCAUCGCCGCCGUCGGCAUGAUCCUCCCCUUCGCCAUCGGCGUCGCAUCCUCCUUAGCCUUCCCGGAAUAUUCCUCCGGCGGCGACGGCGGUAACAGAGUCGCGUUCGUCGUUUUCAUGGGCGUCGCGGUUUCCAUCACCGCGUUUGGCGUUUUGGCUCGAAUCCUCGCCGAACUGAAGCUCCUCACCACCGAUCUCGGCCGAAUCGCGAUGUCUGCCGCCGCUCUGAACGACGUCGCCGCUUGGGUCGUCCUCGCUCUCGCCGUCGCACUCGCCGGUGACAAGAGCUCGCCGUUUGUUCCGGUCUGGGUCCUGUUAUCAGGAUUCGCGUUUGUGAUCGCAUGCGUUUUGAUCGUACCGCCGUUUUUCAGUUUCGUUUCCCGGCGAUGCGAGGAAGGCCAAUCCGUGGACGAGACUUACGUCUGCGGCGCGUUGGCAGUGGUGUUGAUCGCGGGUUUCACCACAGACGCGAUUGGCGUGCACGCCAUCUUCGGCGCGUUUGUGAUCGGCGUUUUGUUUCCGAAAGGGUAUUUCGCAGACGCAAUUGUAGAGAAGAUGGAAGAUAUUGUGACGGGUCUUCUUCUGCCUCUGUACUUCGUGUUGAGCGGUCUGAAAACGGACAUAACCACGAUUCGCGGUCUGGAAUCGUGGGGGCGAUUGCUUUUGGCGAUUGCGACUGCGUGCAUCGGAAAGGUCGUGGGAACGGUGGGGGUUUCCUUGCUGUGCAAGUUACCGUUUGGAGAGUCGUUGGCUCUUGGUGUGUUAAUGAACACUAAAGGAUUGACUGAGCUUAUUGUCCUCAACAUCGGCAAAGACAGGAAGGUUUUAGGGGAUCAAACGUUUGCCAUAAUGGUUCUCAUGGCAAUCUUCACGACGUUCAUAACCACACCGAUAGUCUUGGCGUUCUACAAACCGGCACGCACAACGCAAACGCAAGAAUCUGAUGUCAGCGGUAGCGCUUGCGAACGCAAGAUGGAGAGAGACGAUGGCGUUAAAACGCAGUUAAGGCUCAUGCUCUGUUUGCACGGUACGAGAGAUAUUAAUCCAAUGAUUAAUAUCAUCGAAGCUUCCAGAGGGACCGAAGUCAAAUCGCGAGGACUCUGCGUUUAUGCUAUGCACAUCACUGAGCUUUCUGAGAGACCUUCUUCGAUUCGGAUGGUUCAUAAAGCACGACGAAACGGGUUUCUUUCAUGGAACAAGACCAGUGGAUCGAAUUCAGACACGGUUGCGAUUGCGUUUGAGGCGUUUGGACGGUUGAGUCGCGUUUCCGUGCGUUCUGUGACCGCGAUCUCGCCCUUAUCUACCAUUCAUGAGGACAUAUGCAGCUCGGCGGCUAGAAAACGCGUCGCGAUGGUGAUUCUGCCGUUUUCUAAGCAUUGGAAGCCGUUGGAGAAGGCUUUCGAGAUGGUGAGACCAGAGUUUCAGACAAUUAACAUGAGGGUUCUCGAGAACUCUCCGUGUUCUGUCGGAAUUCUAGCAGAUCGCGGCCUCGGCAUCGAUUCGCCGGCUACAGCUAGCAAGUUUUCAUCGUCGAUCGCCGUUUUGUUCUUCGGCGGCUGCGAUGAUCGAGAAGCCUUGGCUUAUGGAUUACGAAUGGUGGAGCAUCCCGGCGUCAGCUUGACCGUGGUGACAAUCACCGGCGAUUUCAGACUGGAAAAUUCAAGAAUCGACAUACUCGAGGAGCAAGAAACAAUGUCACGGUCACAGUCUGAUUCACAAGUCAUUGCCGGAGUCGACAAAAUGGCGAUGACCGGAACAAAAUCGGUAAAAUUGGUGAAGAAAUCGGUGAAAUCGUCAGAUGAAGCAGUUGAGAUUUUCCGGGAAUCUUGUCGAAGUGUCGAUAUCGUGUUUGUCGGCCGGUCGCCGGAAUCUUCAGUUGUUUCGAGCUUACCGGUGAAGAAGAUGGAGUGUCCGGAGCUUGGUCCAGUUGGGAAUUUGAUGUUGUCGAAUGAAAUUUCGAAUUCGGUUUCAGUAUUGGCGGUUCAACAAUUCACCGGAAAAGCUUCUUCGGGUGGCCAAGCCGCCGUGGGCUCAGCCCGUAUCACGGUGGCGGAAACGCCGUGAAAAAGGGGCUUAGGGCAAAAAGUUUAUUUCUUUACCUUGAAGCACAAGAAAGCACCUUCUUUUGUUAGAUCAAAAUGUUUGAUAUCAAUGUAACCUUUAGUUUGUACCGUUUUUAAAGAUAUUAUUGGCAGAUAUUUUUACUUU